AUUCGUGUAUUUUCGAACUCUCUCUCUCUCUUCCUCUCUCUCUCUCCUCUCUUCCCUUCUCGUUUCAGUCUCUUCUCUCCGAUCUGAUAAGCUGUCUCACUUCUCAGACUCCGUUCCGCCGCUCUCCCCCUCUCGACGGCGUUACCGAUAUCUCUUCUCCUUCAAUUGCUUCUGCGAUCUCACGAUCCGAUCGCUCGUUCAUUCGCCUCUUAUCUUCUCCUGCACACUCCCGUUUGAUCCUCUCGCCAUCUAGGGUUUUUGGGUAACCGCAUCGAGUGUCGUCCGGCUCCAGCUUGUGUUCAAUUUGCUUGAAUGACCUCGGGGGGACAAUCUUGUCAUGGCAUCCAGUAUGUCGUCCGGAGAUCGGAGGUGGGCAUCAGCCAGAAGAGGUGGCAUGACUGUACUGGGGAAAGUUGCUGUUCCGAAACCUAUAAACUUACCGAGCCAGAGGCAAGAAAACCACGGUCUGGACCCAAAUGUUGAAAUUGUUCCCAAGGGUACACUCGGUUGGGGGAGUCGGCCAUCAUCAUCUACAUCAAAUGCGUGGGGUUCUUCAUCACUAUCCCCAAAUGCCGAUAGCGGUUCCAAUUCACUGGGCCGCCUCAGUGCCCGACCUUCAUCUGGUGAAGCUGGCACUCGUCCUUCCACAGCUGGCAGUGACAAUGUUCAUGACUCUACUCAUCAUGCGUGGAGUUCAAAUUCUAGACCAUCAUCAGCUUCUGGAGCAUUAACAUCCAGUCAGGCAUCACUUGGAUCACUGCGUCCACGUAGUGCAGAACCAAGACCUGGUAGCUCACAGUUGUCCCGAUUUGCGGAACCUCCAUCUGAUAUCUCUGUUGUUGGGAGCGGGGAAAGAUUGGUUGUGACGUCAUCAAAGAAUGAUGGAUUUUCUUUGAGUACUGGCGAUUUUCCAAGUCUUGGUUCAGUGAAAAGCAGCCCAGGGAAAAAUACAGGCUCACAAGAUCCUGCUUUGCAUGAUUCAGGUUCUGCUGGUGGAUUGGCCCUUGCUAAAGACGGUUCUGAGAAUUAUUCUGUUGGUGAUGCUUCCUUGAGUGCAGACGGAAAGAGUAGAACAGACGACUCGUGGAGAAAAGAUAAUCCAUCAUAUGGUGAGGAUGGUCACAGGGUUGGCAUCGAGAAAAGGAAUGGGGAUAACCCACCUUUUCAGAAUUCGGGUAUCCUCCCUCAACAUUUCAACGCCUGGCGUGGCCCACCUGCAAAUAAUCCACCAGGUGGCGUCUGGUAUAGAGGCCCUCCAGGUGGACCUCCCCCAUAUGGUGGGCCUGUUCCACCAGGUGGCUUCCCCAUGGAGCCCUUUCAUUAUUACCGUCCUCAAAUUCCACCUUCUGCUCUCCCAAAUCCACAACAAGUUCCUCCACCAGGAACUGGCCCAAGGGGACCCCAUCCUAAAAGUGGAGAUAUGUAUAGACCUCAGAUGCCUGAUGCUUACAUUCGCCCUGGCAUGCCAGUUAGGCCUGGUUUCUACCCUGGGCCUGUACCCUAUGACGGUUAUAUCGGUCCUCCUCCUAUGCGAUAUUUUGGUCCAAAUGAACGGGAUAUUUCAAUGAUGGGCAUGGCAGGUGGUCCUCCAUCUAUAUAUGGGCAAUUUCCAGGCCAUAAUGCUCCUGAUGCUGGCAAUUCUCACAUUAGACCUCCUGGGCAUGGUUCUAAUAAUAUAGUCCGCAGUUCAGAAGAAGUGGAAUCUGGUCAUCAUCGUGAUCCCCGGGAACCAUACAGGGUUCUCUUGAAGCAGCAUGAUAAUUGGAAUGAGAAGAGUGAACAACAAAAACAGGAGGAAACUCAGCAAAGCAGUGGACCAUCCAUGGAGAAGGUGGACCAGUCUAGAGCAUCAUCAUGGGAAAAUGAGUGCAGAGUGGAUAGCUGGAAAGAUGAGGAGAAGGAUUUGGAAGUUAGAGCGGUUGGUGAGGGCGCUGCUUCUCAGAAUUUUGGAAAAAAAGCUGGUGGAUCUGUUCUUUCCGGCAAAGUAAAGUUGCCAAAAGAUCUGGAAAGUGCCAGGGUAGAUAGAGACAAUGCAAGGGCUGAACAGAAGAAUUUCGUCACCGAUAGUCCAAAAUCUGGCACUCCAGAGGGUUCCAGUCUGAUUCAAAAAAUUGAGGGCUUGAAUGCCAAAGCCCGGGUUUCUGAUCCGCGACAUGACGUUAUGGUCGUUUCUGAAAGGCCAGUGCGAGGGAACAAAUGGCACAUACGUGAGGCGAAGUCAAGUCAUUCUGCUGCUGAACCUGGGCAUCAUCCCCCAUGUUCUGCAAAUGUUCAGGACAAAUCAGGUCUUUGUACUGAAGAGAAGAUGCUUGAAGAGACUGCUGAUAGUGGUACAAACACCUCCAGGAGGUAUCCUCAUAGCGUGCGAGGUAAAGUUCAUCAUCAACGGGGCAGAGGAAGAUUCAACCCAGAAGACAUCGAUGGUUUUCGUAAGAAACCUGUUGCCUUGGAUCCUUUACUGCCCAUUCCUUCAGAAGCUUCUGAUGUUCACAGGCGGACAGAUCCAGCUUCUCAAUCUACACGAAAAUAUGAGGGAGGAUAUGUACCUGUCAUCACUGGACCUGGUGAUAGUCAAGCAGAGCGUGCACAUGCAAAGAUGAAAGAGCAACGUGUGAAACAAAGGCAAAAUGAAGAGGACGAACUCGCCAGGGAGCAGAAAGCCAAGGCACAGAUGAAACUGGAGGAAUUGAAUAGACGUACGCAUGUGGUGGAAGGUUCAAAUUCAAAGACUGAAAGUGGCAUCCUGAAUAACGAGAACAAGGCAAUACCUACUAGGUCUGCCCUGUCAAGUUCUUCACCUGUGAGCGGGGGUGAUUUAGUCAGGCAAACUACUGAGGCUCUGAAUGAUGCAGUCGGAAGAUCUAGUGGUCCGUCGAAGGAAUUUCCGCAUGAGCCACAAAAGGGUGUUCACAAGGAGCCUGCCAUUGUUCUAAAAUCCGUACCACUACAGCAGGAUGCUAAAUUUAAUGCCGAUAACUAUGAUGUUGCUCCACAGACUCUUAAGCAGCAUCGUACUGGGUACAAGCAGAAGCAGAACAUGAUGUCUGAAAAGAACAACACUCAGAAGAUUGUCACUGAGGCACCAAAAUCUCAAGUUGUUGUGGCAGAUGAUGUCACUAUGGCUGUCGAUGGCGGGGCUGACUUCUCAGCAUAUCAAAGAAGACGAAGUAACAGAGGUAAUCGCAACAAGCCUAAAGGGGAUGAAUCAUCUACUGCAAAUCCUUUACCACUGCUGGCACCUAAAGAAAGUGGUGGGGUCAGCACUGCUGCAGUUGAAGGUGCUAAGUUGAAGGCUUCUGGAUCUGAAACUGAUCACAGUGCAGUUGGGACAUUGGCGGAGUCUAAUGAUGAAAAUCAGCUGUCAGAGCAGUGUCCAGGUUCGGCAAAUGAAGAAGCCCAUGUUAGAGGGAAUAACCAGUGGAAGUCUCAGCCUUCUCGCAGGGCUCCGAGAAAUCAAAAUGUAAACAGAGUGGCCGAUAAGUUCCAUGGUGGUGAUGCUGCUGUGUGGGCACCUGUCCGAACACAACAUAAAACUGAGGUUGCUGAUGGAACCAGUGAGAGAACUGCAGGGGAGGGUCAAUCUUCUUUGGUGAAGAGUGAUCAGCCCUUACAGAAUAAUAAUCCAAGAAGCAAGAGAGCAGAGUUAGAGAGGUAUAUCCCCAAGCCAGUUGCCAAGGAAAUGGCUCAACAAGGAAGUGUACAUCAGCAGAUGGCUGUUUUGGAGAGUCAAAAGAAAUCAGCAGAUGAGGCUGUUCAGCAGGGAGAUACUGGAUCCGGCUCUGUUGCAGUGAAGGAAUCAAGUAGCAGGCAGAAUAGGUCCGCAAAAGGACAUGGGUCGUGGCACCAGCGGGGUACGACUGAUACAGUAACUACUCAAGGUUUGCCCAUUGAACAAUCCCAAUCUCAAUCAUUGCACGUGGCUGGAAAUGUUCAGAAAUGGCCGGAGCAUCAGCAAGGGCCAAAGCCUGAAGAAAAGCCCACCAAGGAGCAACCAAAGCAUCACGAUGAAGGGCUUUCUUGUGAUGGCGCAAAUGUUCCUAGCGAAUCUGCCAGCUUCACAUCUCAAUUCACAGCUCCUGCUGUCAGAGAUCAGGGAAUAAUAGGGAGAGGAAAGCGUCACCCUUUCUCGAGGGGGCAGAAGGGUAGGCUUGAUUCUGACCAGAACAAGAGCGUUGGCGAAUCAGAAAAAUGUCACAAUCCGUCUGUGGCUCCCGAAGGUAGCCAAACGGACCCUGCUGCUGAAGGUAGCCACACAGAUCCUGCAGGUCCUGCUCCUAGAGAAAGCCAUGGCAUUGUGGAACGGUCAACAUUGCAUUGGCAGCCAAAAUCCCGGGCAGUUCCUAGUCAAAAUUACCGGGCAAACAAGGCAGCUGGUACUGGUCGGAACACUGCUGAAUCUAGUGGAGUUCCCGUGGAAGAGUUCUCUGAGGAGCAUGAUGAGGCCCGAGAUCCAUCUGUUUAUGUGGAGGACAAGAUGCAUGAAAAAGCAGGGCUGCCUGAGGGAAGUAAGAGAGAGAGCAGACCACGGUUCUUAGCUGGUCGUCCUCAGUCACCGAGUCAAGGUCCCCUUAAGACGACGGAAUCAGCUGAUGAACCACACGAGGCUGUGUUCUCUUCCGGGCCACGUAAGAAUGGGAACCAAAACUCUAGCCGGUUUGUGAGGAGAGAUGAGUACCACGGGGAAUGGAACUCAAGCAGGCAAGACACCAGACAGCACAACGCUCCGGCCCAUCGGGAAAGGCAGCGGUACAACUCGAGCUACAAGUACCAGCCAGUUGGGAUAUAUGGCAAUGAAAAUAAACCGAGCCACUUUGAAGGGCUGAGGGAUGUUUCUCAGAGUAAAGGCCCAAGGUACAAGGAGAGGGCGGGUCAGAGUGGCUCUAGGCGCGGGGGAGGUACCUUUUACGAGCGGCAGGGUGGCAAUGCUCAUGUAGAUUGAGUAGAUUCUGGCUUUGAUUGUUGAAGAGAGCUUGUAAGUGAAUAGCUGCUUGCAGAUCUCCCGCGGCAAUUGUGGAUCGAUGACUACUUGAGCCUUCAGGUUGCGAGCGAGUGAAGAAUGUAUUGGGGAAAACAUGGCAGGGGCAAUUUGGCGGGAUGUGAUUGAUGAUGUUUUGCUGCUUCUGUUGUUAGUUAGGAAAAGAAAGAAAAUUGUGGUCUUGUUGCUGAACAAUGUCAUGUUUCUCCUUGGAACACACACAUGUUUCCUUAAAAUCCUGCAUUUGGCGUUGGCCUUGUGCAUGAAUGAAUAUAUCAGUCAAUGCUAAUGGAAAGCGUAGUAUUUGAAAAGGUCUCAA